GCGCCUCAGGCUCCCGCCCCCUCGCGCGCGCAGCUCCCCGCGGCAGCCGCCGCCUGUAACCUGCGCCGCCAGGAUGUGGCUGGGGGCUGACGUCGGGUCCAGAUGUGGCCCCGGCCCCGCCCACCCCCGGAGCCGGGCCGCCCACACCGAGCCGCGGCGCGCACGGCAGCUGUCCCGCCUGCCACAAUGCGCGGCGAAGCUGCGGCCGCGACUUGGCGCAGGCGUCCCUAACGUCGGCGCUCCGCAUCCUUAGGACAGACUGCCCGUGACGCCGCGAGGGACCCUCACUUGCCCGUGGCCCCCCCAUGCGUGCACUCUUCUGUACCCGGCCGGGCCGGCGCCUCGCGGACGCGGAGCCGCGCGGGUGACGGCAGAGGCGGCUGCGCGCCCAGCCCAGCCCAGCCCAGCCGGAGGAGAGGGCGCGCCGCGCCCCCGCCCCCUUCUCUCCGGAGGCCGUGGGUGCGGAUACACCGCUGACGACUCGCCACGACGAGCACUGCCGCCGGCCCGCCGGCCGGAGCCCGCAGCAUGGCAGCCGCCGCCUAUGUGGACCACUUCGCCGCCGAGUGCCUCGUGUCCAUGUCAAGCCGCGCGGUCGUGCACGGGCCUCGGGAGGGGCCGGAGUCACGGCCCGAGGGCGCGGCUGUUGCCGCCACCCCCACACUGCCCCGCAUCGAGGAGCGCCGCGACGGCAAGGACAGCGCUUCGCUCUUUGUGGUGGCGCGGAUCCUAGCGGACCUCAAUCAGCAAGCGCCGGCGCCCGCCCCGGGGGAGCGCAGAGAGGGCGCCGCGGCCCGGAAGGCGAGGACCCCCUGCCGCCUGCCGCCCGCGCCGCCGUCCGCCCCCGAGCCCGCCUCCCCAGGCGGAGAAGGCGCGGCGGCCGCGCCCCCCAGCCCCGCGUGGAGCGAGCCGGAGCCGGAGCCCGGGUUGGAGCCCGAGCGGGAGCCGGAGCCCGCGGGGAGCGGCGAGCCCGGCCUCAGACAAAGGGGUCGGCGGAGCCGAAGUCGCGCGGAUCUCGAGUCCCCGCAGAGAAAGCACAAGUGCCACUACGCGGGCUGUGAGAAAGUUUAUGGGAAAUCCUCGCACCUCAAGGCGCACCUGAGAACUCACACAGGUGAGAGGCCCUUCGCCUGUAGCUGGCAGGACUGCAACAAGAAGUUCGCCCGCUCAGACGAGCUGGCGCGGCACUACCGCACGCACACGGGCGAGAAGAAGUUCAGCUGCCCAAUCUGUGAGAAGCGCUUCAUGCGCAGUGACCACCUGACGAAGCACGCGCGGCGCCACGCCAACUUCCACCCGGGCAUGCUGCAGCGGCGCGGUGGGGGCUCGCGCACCGGCUCGCUCAGCGACUACAGCCGCUCGGACGCCAGCAGCCCCACCAUCAGCCCGGCCAGCUCCCCCUGAGCCGGCACAGCGGGGCGGCCACUCCGCCCGCCCUGCGCUUUGGUGAUAGAGAAGGGAGAACUUUGCAAGAAGUCCAUGAAAAAACACUUUCUUCACCUCAGGUGUCAAAGUACAUUU